CCUGCGGAGAACCAGGUGCCUGCCCCGGGUGCCGCCUCGGAAGAGCCUGCAGAACCAGCAGCGGGGCGAGGCCGUGGCCCGGCCACAGCCAGGGAGCCACCCCACCCAUCCACCGGCCAUGGGCCCACGGAGGCCCGCACUGCGGCCGCCGCUGCUGCUGCUGUUCCUGCUGCUGUUCCUGGACACCAGCGUCUGGGCUCAAGAUGAAGUCUUGGAAAACCUCAGCUUGAGCUGUCCAAAAGAUGCAACUCGGUUCAAGCACCUGCGAAAGUAUGUGUACAACUAUGAGGCGGAGAGUUCCAGCAGCGUCCGGGGCACGGCUGAUUCCAGAAGCGCUACCAAAAUCAACUGCAAGGUGGAGCUAGAGGUCCCACAACUCUGCAGUUUUGUCCUGAGGACCAGCCAGUGUACCCUGAAAGAGGUCUAUGGCUUCAACCCUGAGGGCAAGGCCUUGAUGAAGAAAACCAAGAACUCGGAUGAGUUUGCAACUGCCAUGUCCAAGUUCGAACUCAAGCUGGCCAUUUCUAAAGGGAAACAAGUUGUCCUUUACCCUGACAAUGAUGAGCCUAAACACAUCCUGAACAUCAAGAGGGGCAUCAUUUCGGCCCUCCUGGUUCCUCCUGAGACCGAAGAGGACAAGCAAGUGUUGUUCCUGGAUACUGUGUAUGGAAACUGCUCAACCCAGGUUACCGUGAACUCAAGAAAGGGAACCGUGGCAACAGAAAUCUCCACAGACAGAAACCUGCAGCAGUGUGAUGGAUUCCAGCCCAUCAGCACGGCCGUCAGCCCUCUUGCCCUCAUCAAAGGCCUGGUCAACCCCUUGGCAACUCUGGUCAAGAGCAGCCAAUCUUGCCAGUACACCCUGGACCCCAAGAGGAAGGAUGUGUCUCAAGCCAUUUGCAAUGAGCAACACCUUUUCCUCCCUUUCUCCUACAAGAAUAAAUAUGGGAUCAUGACACAUGUUACACAGACACUGAGUCUUGAAGACACACCUAAGAUCAACAGUCGCUUCUUCAAUGAAGGUACCAAGCAGGUGGGUCUGGCCUUUGAGAGCACCAAGUCCACACCACCCCCAAAGCAAGCUGAUGCUAUUUUGAAUACCCUUCAAGAACUGGAAAGACUGUCUGUCUCGGAGCAGAAUGCUCAGAGAGCAAAUCUCUUCAAUAAACUGGUGACUGAGCUGAGAGGCCUCGGGGAUGAAGCAAUCACAUCCCUCUUGCCACAGCUGAUUGGGGUGUCCAGCCCCAUCACUCUGCAAGCCCUGGUUCAGUGUGGACAACCUCAGUGCUACACUCACAUCCUCCGGUGGCUGAAAACUGAGAAGGCUCACCCUCUCCUGAUUGACAUCGCUACCUACCUGGUGGCUCUGAUGCCAAAUCCUUCCACACAGAGGCUGCAGGAGAUCUUUAACACUGCCAGGGAGCAGCAGAGCCGAGCCACCCUGUAUGCAUUGAGCCACGUGGUUAACAACUAUUACACAGUGGACCAUUCAAGUAGCACUGAUCUACAAGAUAUUGCCAAUUACCUGUUGAAAAAGAUUGACAACGAGUGCAUGUGGGAUGAAGACCACACCUACUUGAUUCUGAGGGUCAUUGGAAAUACAGGCAGAACCAUGGAACAGGUCAUGCCAGCACUCAAGUCCUCAGUCCUGAAUUGUGUGAGAAGUAAAAAACCAUCACCACUGAUUCAGAAAGCUGCUAUCCAGGCCUUGAGGAAGAUGGAACUGGGAGAUGAGGCCCAAAGGAUCCUUUUUGAUACAUUUGCGGAUAGUGCCAUUCCUGUGGAGAACAGACUGGCCGCCUAUCUUUUGCUGAUGAAGGGCCCUUCUUCAUCAGAUAUGAGCAGAAUUAUCCAACUUCUCCAAUGGGAACAGAGUGAACAGGUGAAGAACUUCGUGGCGUCUCACAUUGCCAACAUCUUGAACUCGGAAGAACUGUAUGUCCAAGAUCUGAAGAAUUUGAUCAAAAAUGCUCUGGAGCACUCUCAACUUCCAACAAUCAUGGACUUCAGAAAAUAUUCCCGGAACUAUCAAAUUUCCAAAUCUGUUUCUCUCCCAUCAUUUGACCCAGUCUCAGCCAAAAUGGAAGGGAAUCUUAUAUUUGAUCCAAGCAGUUAUCUUCCCAAAGAAAGCAUGCUGAAAACAACCCUCACGAUCUUUGGACUUACUUCAACUGAUCUCUUUGAGAUUGGUUUAGAAGGAAAGGGCUUUGAGCCGACACUGGAAGCUCUUUUUGGUAAGCAAGGAUUCUUCCCAGACAGUGUCAACAAGGCUUUGUAUUGGGUCAAUGGACAAGUUCCUGAUCGUGUCUCCAAGGUCUUAGUGGACCACUUUGGCUAUACCAGAGAUGACAAGCAUGAACAGGACAUGGUGAAUGGAAUCAUGCCCAUGGUGGACAAGCUGAUCAAAGAUUUGAAAUCUAAAGAAAUCCCUGAAGCCAGAGCUUACCUCCGCAUCUUAGAAGAAGAACUUGGUUUUGUCAAGCUCCAAGACCUCCAAGUCCUGGGAAGGCUGUUUCUGAAUGGUGCACAAACAUUGCAGGGGAUUCCCCAGAUGAUUGCACAGGCCAUCAGGGAUGGGUCAAAGAAUGACUUGUUUCUUCACUACAUCUUCAUGGACAAUGCCUUUGAGCUCCCUACUGGAGUGGGGUUACAGCUGCAAGUGUCCUCCUCUGGAGUCAUCACCCCUGGGAUCAAGGCUGGAGUGAGAAUGGAAUUAGCCAACAUUCAGGCAGAGCUGGUGGCAAAGCCUUCUGUGUCCGUGGAGUUUGUGACAAAUAUGGGCACCAUCAUCCCAGACUUUGCUAAGAGUGGCGUCCAGAUGAACACUAACUUCUUCCAUGAGUCAGGCCUGGAGGCUCGAGUGGCCCUGAAGGCCGGACAGCUGAAGGUCGUCAUUCCUGCUCCAAAGAGGCCAAUCAAGCUGUUCAGUGGCAGCAACACACUGCACUUGGUCUCCACCACCAAAACAGAGAUGAUCCCUCCUCUGGUCGAGAACAGGCAGUCCUGGUCAACUUGCAAACCUUUCUUCACUGGUAUGAACUACUGUACCACGGGGGCUUACUCCAAUGCCAGCACCACAGAGUCUGCUUCCUACUACCCCCUGACAGGGGACACAAGGUAUGAGCUGGAGCUGAAGCCCACAGGAGAGGUGGAGCAGUAUUCGGCCAGUGCAACCUAUGAAUUCCAAAAAGAGGACAAGGUGGACACACUGAAGUUCCUAGUUCAAGCAGAAGGAGUACAGCAGUCCGAGGCUACUGCAGUGUUCAAGUACAAUCGGCGAAGCAGGACUUUAUCCAGCGAAGUCCUAAUUCCAGGGUUUGAUGUUGACUUUGGGACAAUCCUCAGACUCAGUGAUGAAUCCGCUAAGGACAAAAACGCUUACAAACUCAUCCUGGACAUUCAGAACAAAAAGAUCACUGAGGUCGCUCUUGUGGGCCAUGUGAGUUAUGACAGAAGGGUAGAUGGCAAGAUCAAAGGUGUCAUUUCCAUACCACGUUUGCAAGCAGAAGCCAGGAGUGAGAUCCACACCCACUGGUCCCCCACCAAACUGCUGUUCCAAAUGGACUCCUCUGCUACAGCGUAUGGCUCAACCAUCUCCAAGAGAGUGGCAUGGCGUUAUGACAAUGAGAAAAUCGAAGUUGACUGGAACGCGGGAACCAACGUGGAUACCAAAAAAGUAGCCUCCAAUUUCCCUGUGGAUCUUUCCAGUUAUCCUAGAACUUUGCAUGAGUAUGCCAAUGGUCUCCUGGAUCACAGAGUCCCUCAGACAGACAUGACUUUCCGGCACAUGGGUUCCAAAUUAAUUGUUACAACAAACACAUGGCUUCAGAUGGCAUCCAGGGGUCUCCCUUACUCCCAGAUGUUACAGGAUCACCUCAAUGGCCUCUCGGAGUUGAACCUCCAGAAAAUGGGAUUGCCUGACUUCCACAUCCCAGACAACCUCUUUCUAAAGAGCGAUGGCCGGGUCAAAUAUACAUUGAACAAGAACAGUAUAAAACUGGACAUUCCUUUGCCUUUGGGUGGCAAGUCUUCAAAAGAUCUAAGGAUGCCAGAGAGUGUGAGAACACCAGCCCUCAACUUCAAGUCUGUGGGAUUCCAUCUGCCAUCUCAAACGUUCCAGGUCCCCACUUUUACAAUCCCCAAGACACAUCAACUGCAAGUGCCUCUCUUGGGUGUUCUAGACCUUUCCACAAAUGUCUACAGCAACUUGUACAACUGGUCAGCCUCCUAUACUGGUGGCAACACCAGCAAAGACCACUUCAGCCUUCGGGCUCAGUACCGCAUGAAGGCUGACUCCGCGGUUGACCUGUUUUCCUACAGCGUGCAAGGAUCUGGAGAAACAACAUAUGACAGCCAGAGUACAUUCACAUUGUCGUGUGAUGGGUCUCUACAUCACAAAUUUCUAGAUUCAAAAUUCAAAGUCAGUCAUGUAGAAAAAUUUGGAAACACGCCAGUCUCAAAAGGUUUGCUAACAUUUGAAGCAUCUAGUCCCUUGGGACCACGGAUGUCUGCUACUGUUCACCUGGACUCAAAAAAGAAGCAGCAUUUGUAUGUCAAAGAAAUCAAGGUUGAUGGACAGUUCAGAGCAUCCUCGUUUUAUGCUCAAGGCAGAUAUGGCCUGUCUUGUGAGAGAGACCCUACCACCGGCCAGCUGAGUGGGGAAUCCAACAUGAGGAUUAACUCCACCUACCUCCAGGGCACCAACCAGAUAGUGGGAGUGUACCAGGAUGGAACCUUCUCCCUCACCUCUACCUCUGAUCUGCAAGAUGGCAUAUUCAAGAACACAGCUUCCCUGAAAUAUGAAAACUAUGAGCUGACCCUGAAAUCUGACAGCAGUGGACAGUAUGAGAACUUCGCUGCUUCUAACAAGCUGGACCUGACAUUCUCUAAGCAAAGUGCAUCGCUACGUUCUGAACAUCAGGCCAAUUACAAGUCCCUGAGGCUUGUCACCCUCCUUUCUGGAUCAGUCACUUCCCAGGGUGUGGAAUUAAAUGCUGACAUCUUGGGCACUGACCAAAUUAAUACCGGCGCUCACAAGGCAACACUAAAGAUUACCCGGGAUGGACUGUCCACCAGUGCAACCAGCAACUUGAAGUACAGCCCCCUGCUGCUGGAGAAUGAGUUGAAUGCAGAGCUGGGCCUCUCUGGGGCAUCCAUGAAAUUAUCAACAAAUGGCCGCUUCAAGGAACACCAUGCAAAAUUCAGUCUGGAUGGAAAAGCUGCCCUCACAGAGGUCUCGUUGGGAAGCAUUUACCAGGCCAUGAUUCUGGGUGCAGACAGCAAAAACAUCUUCAACUUCAAACUCAGCCGAGAAGGGCUGAGGCUGUCCAAUGACAUGAUGGGUUCUUAUGCUGAAAUGAAACUCGACCAUGCACACAGUCUAAGCCUUGCAGGUCUCUCACUGGACGUCUCCUCAAAAAUGGACAACAUCUACAGUGCAGACAAGUUUUAUAAGCAGAAUUUUAACUUGCAGCUACAGCCCUAUUCUUUUGUAGCUGCUUUAAGCAGUGACUUGAGAUACAACGCUCUAGAUGUGGCCAACAGUGGGAGGUUACGGCUGGAACCACUGACGCUGAACGUGGGUGGGAACUUUAAAGGAACCUAUCAAAAUCAUGAGCUAAAACACAUCUAUACCCUCUCUUAUGCUGACCUAAUAGUAGCCAGUUACAGAGCAGACACUGUCGCCAAGGUUCAGGGCGUGGAAUUCAACCAUCGGCUUAACGCGGACAUCAAUGGGCUGGCUUCCUCUGUUGACGUCAUCACCAACUAUAAUUCAGAUCCACUGCACUUUAACAAUGUUUUCCACUUGGUUUUGAAACCAUUCCACUUGGGCAUCGACACACACACGAGUGGAGAUGGGAAACUGGCUCUCUGGGGAGAACACACCGGGCAGCUGUAUAAUAAGUUUCUGCUGAGAGCAGAACCCCUGGCACUCACUUUCUCUCACGAUUUCAAAGGAUCCACAAACCACGAUCUUGUGCACAAAAGCAGUAUCAGUACCGUUCUUGAACAUACAGUGAGUGCCCUGCUCACACCUGCGGAGCAGACAAGCCGCUGGAAAUUCAAGACCAGACUGAAUGACAAGGUAUACAGCCAGGACUUUGAAGCCUACAACACUAAAGACAAAAUCGGUGUUGAGCUUAGUGGACGGGCUGACCUCUCUGGGCUGGACUCACCAAUUCAAGUGCCAUUUUUCCACAGCGAACCUGACAAUGUCCUUAAUGACUUAGAGAUAAAUGAUGCUGUGGACAAGCCCCAAGAAUUUACAAUUGUUGCUUUUGUGAAGUAUGAUAAGAACCAGGAUGUUCACACCAUCAGCCUCCCGUUCUUUAAAAGCCUGCCGGAGUAUUUGGAGAGAAAUCGAAGAGGAAUCAUAACUCUACUGGAAGCCAUGCAGGGAGAAUUGCAACGCAUCAAUAUUGAUGAGUUUGUGAGGAAGUACAAAGCAGCCCUGAGCAGACUUCCACGGCAAAUCCAUGAUUAUCUGAAUGCAUCUGACUGGGAGAGACAAGCAACCAAUGCUAAGGAAAAAUUAACUGCUUUUAUGGAAAAUUAUAAAAUUACAGACAAUGAUGUACUAAUUGCAUUAGAUAGUGCCAAAAUCAACUUCAAUGAAAAACUUUCUCAACUUGAGACAUACGUGAUACAAUUUGAUCAGUAUAUUAGAGAUAAUUAUGAUCCACAGGAUUUUAAAAAAGCUAUUGCUCAGAUCAUUGAUCGAAUCAUUGAAACGUUAAAAAUUCUUGAUGAACAGUAUCAUAUCCGUGUAAAUCUAGAAAAAUCAAUCCAUAACCUGUAUUUAUUUGUUGAAAAUGUUGAUCUUAACAAAAUCGGCAGCAGUGCAGCCUCUUGGGUCCAAAAUGUGGAUACUAAAUAUCAAAUCAGAAUCCAGAUACAAGAGAAACUGCAGCAGCUCAGGACACAGAUUCAGACUAUAGACAUUCAACAGCUGGCUGCAGACUUGAAACAACAGGUUGAAGCUAUUGAUGUCACCAAGCAUUUAGAUCAAUUGAGAACUGCAAUUCUAUUCCAAAGAAUAAAUGACAUUAUUGAGCGUGUCCAACACUUUGUUAGGAAUCUUAUUGAGGAUUUUAAAGUAACUGAGAAAAUCAAUACUUUUAGAGCUAUAGUCCAUGAGUUAAUUGAGAAAUAUGAAGUAGACCGGCAACUCCAUGUUUUAAUGGAUAAAUCAGUAGAGUUGGCCCACAGAUACAGCCUGGGUGAGGCUCUUCAGAAACUAAGCAAUGUGCUACAACAAAUUGAGAUAAGAGAUUACUAUGAGAAAUUUGUUGGGUUUAUCGAUGAUGCUGUCAAGCGGCUGAAAGCAUUGUCUUUCAAAAAUGUCAUCCAAGAACUAAAUAGAUAUCUUGACAUGUUGGUGAAGAUGUUAAAAGCAUUUGACUAUCACCAGUUCAUAGAUGAAACCAACAGCAAAAUACGUGAGGUGACUCGGAGAAUCAAUGUUGAAAUCCAAGCUCUUGAACUUCCACAGAAAACUGAAGCGUUGAAACUGCUAGCAGGAGACUUCAAAGCCACGGUCUCCACCUACCUGGAAAGACUCAAAAACACCAAAGUAACCGUGCUUAUUGAUUGGCUGCAGGAUGCUCUGGUUCACAUAAAAGCCCAUUUCCAAGACACUCUAGAAGAUGUGCGAGACCGACUUUAUCAAAUGGACAUUCAGUGGGAACUCGAACACUUCUUAUCCUUGGUAAGCCAAGUGUACAAUACACUGGUCACCUAUAUUUCUGACUGGUGGAUUCUAACUGCUAAGAACAUUACAGAUUUUGCAGAGCAAUACUCUAUCCAAAACUGGGCUGAGAGUGUGAAAAGGCUGGUGGAACAAGGGUUCACUGUCCCCGAAAUCCGAACAUUUCUGGGGACCAUGCCUGCCUUUGAGGUCAGUCUCCGUGCUCUCCAAGAAGCUAACUUUCAGACUCCUGACUUCAUAGUCCCCCUGACGGAUUUGAGGAUCCCAUCAAUUCAGAUAAACUUCAAAACAUUGAAGAAUGUAAAAAUCCCAUCAAGAUUUUCUACCCCAGAAUUCACUCUCCUCAAUACCUUCCAUAUCCCCUCCUUUACAAUAGACUUGCUGGAAAUAAAAGCAAAGAUUAUCAGAACUAUUGACCAAAUGCUGAGCAGUGAGCUACAGUGGCCUCUUCCAGAAGUGUACCUGAGAGACCUGGAGAUGGUGAACAUCCCUCUUGCAAGACUCACUCUGCCGGACUUCCAUGUACCAGAAAUCACAAUUCCAGAAUUCACAAUCCCAAAUGUCAAUUUCAAAGAUUUUCAAGUUCCUGAUCUUCACAUACCAGAAUUCCAGCUUCCUCGUCUCUCACACACAAUUGAAAUACCUGCUUUUGGCAAACUUCAUGGCAUCCUGAAGAUCCAGUCUCCCCUCUUUACAUUAGAUGCGAAUGCCAACAUACAGAAUGUAACUACUUCACAGAACAGAGCUGAGAUUGUGGCUUCUGUCGCUGCUAUGGGAGAGUCCAAAUUUGAAGCUCUCAAUUUUGAUUUUGAAGCACAAGCUCAAUUCUUGGAGCUAAAUCCUAAUCCUAACCCUCUGGUCCUGAAGGAAUCUAUGAACUUCUCCAGUAAACAUGUGAGGAUGGAGCAUGAGGGUGAGCUAUUAUUUUCGGGAAAGGCCAUUGAGGGAAAAUCAGACACUGUUGCCAGUUUAUACACAGAGAAAAAUACAGUGGAGUUUAAUAACAGUAUGAUUGUCAAGAUAAACAAUCAGCUCACCCUUGACAGUCAUACAAAGUACUUUCACAAGUUGAGUAUCCCCAGGCUGGACUUCUCCAGUAAGGCUUCCUUUAACAAUGAAAUCAAGACACUAUUGGAAGCUGGACAUGUGGCAUGGACUUCUUCAGGGACAGGGUCAUGGAAUUGGGCCUGUCCCAACUUCUCAGAUGAGGGCAUACAUUCAUCCAAAAUUAGCUUCACUGUAGAAGGACCCGUUGCUUCUUUUGGACUGUCUAAUAACAUAAAUGGCAAGCACCUGAGGGUCAUCCAAAAACUGGCAUACGAAUCUGGCUUCCUCAACUAUUCUAAGUUUGAAGUUGAAUCGAAAGUUGAAUCUCAGCACGUGGGCUCCAGCAUUCUAACUGGCAAGGGAACAGUACUGCUCAGAGACGCAAAGGCAGAAAUGACUGGGCAGCACCAUGCUGACUUACAUGGAAAAGUUAUCGGGACUUUGAAAAAUUCUCUUUUCUUUUCGGCACACCCGUUUACAAUUACUGCAUCCACAAAUAAUGAAGGGAAUUUGAAAGUUAGUUUUCCACUAAAGUUGACUGGUAAAAUAGACUUCUUGAAUAACUAUGCACUAUUUCUGAGCCCUCAUGCCCAGCAAGCAAGCUGGCAAGCAGGUGCUAGAUUCAAUCAGUACAAAUACAAUCAAAAUUUUUCUGCUAUUAACAAUGAACACAACAUGGAAGUCCAUAUAGGGAUGAAUGGAGAUGCCAACUUGGAUUUCUUAAACAUACCUUUAACAAUUCCUGAAAUUACUCUACCUUAUACAGGGCUCACAACUCCCUUACUGAAGGAUUUCUCCAUAUGGGAAGAAACAGGCUUGAAAGAAUUUUUGAAGACAACAAAGCAAUCGUUUGAUUUAAGUGUAAAGGCUCAAUAUAAAAAGAACAGAGACAGGCAUGCCUUUAUGAUUCCUCUGAGCACUUUUUAUGAGUUUAUUCUCAACAAUGUCAACUCCUGGGACAGGAAAUUUGAGAAAGUCAGAGACAGUACAUUAGAUUUUCUUACCACAUCCUAUAAUGAAGCAAAAAUUAAGUUUGAUGAGUACAAAACAAAAAAUUCCCUCAUUCAUUUCCCUAGGAAUCUUCUCAAGUUUUCCCUCCCAGAUUUUAAGGAAUUGAGCCCUAUUGACAAUAUUUAUAUUCCAGCCCUGGGCAAUUUUACCUAUGACUUUUCUUUCAAAUCAAGUGUCAUCACACUGAAUACCAAUGCUGGACUUUAUAACCAGUCAGACAUUGUUGCUCGUUUCCUCUCUUCCUCUUCAUUUGUCACGGAUGCCCUGCAGUACAAAUUGGAGGGUACUUCACGUCUGACGCAGAAAAGAGGACUGGCCAUAGCUGUUUCUCUCACUAACAAAUUUGUAAAAGGCAAUCAUGACAGCACCAUUAGCUUAACCAAGAAAAACAUGGAAGCAUCCGUGAAAACAACUGCAAGCCUCCAUGUUCCCAUUUUAACAAUGAACUUCAAGCAGGAACUUAACGGAAAUGUCAAGUCAAAGCCCACUCUCUCAUCAUCCAUUGAACUAAACUACGACUUCAACUCCUCAAAGCUGCACUCCACUGCUAAGGGAGGUAUCAACCACAAGUUCAGCUUGGAAAGUCUCACUUCCUACUUUUCCAUUGAGUCAUCCACCAAAGGAAAUAUCAAAGGUUCUGUCCUUUCGCAGGAAUAUUCAGGAAGUGUUGCCAGCGAGGCCAACACAUACCUGAAUCCUAAGGGUACUCGGUCUUCAGUAAGGCUACAAGGAGCUUCCGUAGUUGAUGGUAUCUGGAACAUUGAAGUAGGAGAAAAUUUUGCUGGGGAAGCCACUCUCCGACGCAUCUACGCCACAUGGGAACACAGUAUUAAAAACCAUUUGCAGGUAGACAACUUCUUUGUCACAAAAGGAAAGCAAAUGUGCAGAGCCACCCUGGAGCUCUCCCCAUGGACAAUGUCAACCCUUCUACAGGUUCAUGUGAGUCAACCCAGUUCCCUUCUUGAUCUCCAUCACUUUGACCAGGAAGUGACCCUGAAAGCCAAUACUAAGAACCAGAAGGUCAUCUGGAAAAGUGAAGCCCAGAUUGAUUCACAGGUCCUUCAGCACAAUGUGCAGUUCUCCAAUGACCAAGAAGAGGUACACCUUGAUAUUGCAGGAUCCACAGAAGGACAAACCAUCUUUCUACCAGUAUACUUGCAGAAACUCCUACAGAUGGAUGGAAAGAGACAGUAUCUUCAGGCUUCAACGUCUCUUGUGUAUACCAAAAACCCCAAUGGCUAUCUCUUUUCACUGCCUGUGCAAGAACUGGCUGAUAGAUUCAUUAUACCGGGGCUGAAACUAAAUGACUUCAGUGGAAUAAAAAUCUAUAAGAAAUUAAGUACCUCACCAUUUGCCCUCAACCUAACAAUGCUCCCCAAGGUAAAUUUCCCUGGGAUUGAUGUAUUAACACAAUACUCUAAACCGGAGGACUCCUCUGUUCCUGCCUUUGAGGUAACUAUACCUGAAGUUCAGUUCAUUGUGUCCCAGUUCACACUUCCAAAGAGCUUUCCAGUUGGCAAUGCUGGCUUCGGUCUGAAUGAGAUAGCCAACAUGAUUGCAGGUGUGGAUCUGCCUAGCGUCACCCUGCCUGAGCAAACCGUUGAGAUCCCACCUGUCAAGUUCUCUGUACCUGCAGGAAUUUUCAUUCCUUUCUUUGGAGCACUGACUACACAUGUUGGGGUGGCUUCUCCUGUGUAUAAUGUCACUUGGAGUGCUGGUUUGAAAAACAAAGCAGAUCAUGUUGAAACCUCCCUGGAUUCCACGUGCAGUUCAAUCUGGCAGUUUCUGGAGUAUGACCUAAAAGUUGUGGGAACACACAAAAUUGAAGAUCAUAUGUUCAUCUGUAAGAACAAAGGAACACUUCAACACCGUGACUUCAAUGUGGAGUACAAGGAUGAUGGUGUAUUUAAAGGACUUUGGGUCUGGCAGGGAGAGGCUCACCUUGACAUCACCAGCCCCAUGUUGACUGAGCUCCAUCUGCACUACAAAGAAGAUGAGAAAAGUCUGUCUGCCUCAGCAGUCUCCCCAGCCAUAGGCACUGUGGGUCUGGAGUCAAGCAGAGAUGACCAGAGUGUGGAGCUGAAUGUUUACUUCUUUCCUCAGUCCCCUCUAGACAGAAAACUCAGCAUAUUCAAAACCGAGUGGAGGUUCAAGAAGCCUGAGGAUGGAAAGCACAUCAAAAUUAAUUGGGAAGAAGAGGCAGCUUCCAGAUUGCUGGGCUCCCUAAAAAGCAAUGUGCCCAAGGCUACAGAGGCUAUCUAUGAUUAUGUCAAUAAGUGCUACCUGGGAAAUGCUUCUUCAGAGCUCAGGAGGAGUCUGCAGAACAAUGCUGAAAGUGCUAGAAAGAAGAUUUAUAAAAUGAACAUGGAUUUCCAGAAGGCAGCCCAUGAUGCCUACCAGGAGUGGAAAGGCAAGACCCAGAAUCUGUAUGAGGAAAUGUUGGCUCAAGAGGGCCAAAGCAUCCCAGAGAGACUCCAGGACACCGUGGUAGACAGCCUAGUAUAUGUUACUCACAAGUACCACAUGGCAGUCACGUUUCUCACUGACUCAUUCAUUCAUUUCCUGAAAAACAAUACAUUCCAGCUCCCAGGUAAUGGCGGAAUGUAUACUAUCGAUGAACUCUGUACGAUGGUCAUGAGGGAAACGUUGAAGCCACUGUCUCAGCUAUGUUCAAGUUUCUAUGGCAGUUUAGAAAAACUGCUUUCCUAUGUCCAAGACCUAGCUGAGAAAUUGGGCUUAAUCAAUGGCAUAAAAUUUAAAUUUCCUUUUGUUUCAAAAGCCAGCAAACUGCCAGAUGUGAUUCUGGAAUACAGGAAGCUCUUAAACAUUUCAUCAGACUUAAUCCAAGAGUACUCUAAAGCCCUCCAGAAUACUAACUUCACAGAAAUACUAAGUGAUCUUCAGAUCAUUUUGGAGAGAAUUUUAGACAUCACAGAAGAACAUAUUCAAUGCCUAAACAACAAAGAAUCUUCUUGCUUCACUGAUUAUAUCAAUACAAUCUUCAAAAUACAUAUCCCAAAUGCUUUGAAAUUCCUAAAAGAACUAUAUCCUAUCUUCAGUGAAUUCAAUGACUCUGUUCAAAGCAUACUUCAGGAGGGGUCCUACAAACUACAGCAGGUCCAUCAGUACAUAAAGGCUCUUCGUGAAGAGUAUUUUGAUCCAAGCAUGGUUGGCUGGACAGUAAAAUAUUAUGAAGUAGAAGAAAAGGUGGUCGACCUGAUCAAGUCCCUCUUAGUUAUCCUGAGGGAUUUCUAUUCUGAACACAGUGCCAGGGCUAUUGAUUUUGCUUCCAAAAUCACAACUCAGGUUGAGCAAUUCAUGCCCAGGGAUAUCCAAGAAUGUCUUAGCAUCCUUGCUGAUAUAAAUGGAAAAGGGAAGGAGAAGAUUGCAGAGCUUUCUAUUAUGGCAAAGGAAACAAUUAAAAGCUGGCCCACUGUAAUGAAGGGAACCAUUUCUGAGUACCACCAACAGUUCAGUUCCAAACUGCAGGAUUUUUCUGACCAGUUCUCUGAUUACUAUGAAGAAUUCAUUGCCGAGUCCACAAGACUGAUUGAUCUAUCCAUUCAAAGCUACCAUGAGUUACUAAGAUACAUCACCAAGUUACUGAAAGAGUUGCAGGUGGCCACAGCCAAUAAUGUGAGCCCCUACAUUAAGCUUGCCCCAGGAGAACUGAUUAUCACUUUCUGAUUCAUUUAUUCAUCUAUUCCAAUUAAACUUUCACAUAGUAGGAGACUUGACAUGCUACUAUAAAAACCAUCCAACUGAACCAGCCCUGCAGCUGACAGUAAGAUGCACGUGUGAACUAGGCCUAGAACCACACUGGCAUAAGAACCAGGAACUCAGGAAGACACAUUUUUACAAGUUAGAGAAAAAAUCAAGAUCUGAGUUAUUUUGUUAAACUUGGGAGGGGGUGAACAAAUAAAUGACUUCUUUAUUGUGCAUCAUA